AUGGAGAACAACACACCUUUACGGAGAAAAGACACCACAAAAGGCCCGCCUCUGAGGGUGCUUUCAUUAGAUGGAGGUGGCGUGCGGGGUUAUUCUAUGCUUAUCCUUCUACAAGAGUUGAUGUACCGGACAUAUGUCGAAUGUGAAGGACAUGCGCCGCGACGAGACCAAAUCCCCAAACCAUGCGACUAUUUCGAUCUUAUCGUCGGCACAGGAACUGGCGGGUUAAUCGCUAUCAUGUUGGGCCGACUGCGACUAGACCUCGAAACGUGUAAGGAGGUGUAUGUUCGCAUGACCAAGAAGGUGUUCGAAACCGAUAAGACGAUAGCGGGGAUUCCAUACCGGUCCACACUGUUCAAGGCAUCGAAGCUCGAGGAGGCUAUUAGACAGUGUGUUCGUCAACAUACGGUUUAUGAGUCGGAGGGAAAUGAUAGUACGAUCGAGCUUACAAGUCCGAUGAAUACUGUGCCGCAGCGCAGUUUGAGUCGUGCAAGCUUCACCUCGACCAAUACAUCUCGUGCUCCGCCGUCACCCACGAGCCAAAGGAAUUCCAUGUCUUUUACUGGAUAUGGAUUUAGAUUCGGAAACCCGGAUGCUGCACUUUAUGACAAUCGAGAAUUUCGCACAAAAACAGCUGUCACCGCUGUAUACAAAGGCUCAAGAGCAAACAUUCCAGCAGUUAUGCUGCGCUCUUAUGAUUCGAGAAGAGAACCCCCUCCUGAAUUCGAAUGCACAAUCUGGCAGGCCGGUCGCGCGACUUCAGCCACAGGUCUAGCCUUCAAGCCUAUUCAAAUUGGUCAAUAUGUAUUCAUUGACGAAGGAUCUGGCACAUUCAACCCCGCACCUCAAGCGCUCGAUGAAGCCGUGUUAAACGAAUGGCCCGGGCGAGAACUGGGUGUUUUUGUCAGUGUUGGUACCGGAAAGCGCCCAGCGGGAACUAACCACCAACAACAUGAAUGGUGGGAAGGUUUCUUUGGUGACGCUCUAGGAACCUUUGCCGAAGCUCGUCGCCGACUCAUUUCGAAAAUCGAGGGAUGCGAGGAUAUUCAUCAAAAGAUGCUUUCGGAACAUUUGGCUAAGCGGAAUGUGAAGAAGGAGAGUUAUUAUAGAUUGAAUGUCGAAGUUGGCGUUGGUGAAUUUGGAAUGAACGAAUGGAACCGCCUCGUUGAUAUCAGCACGAACACGCGCCGAUAUCUUUCGAAACCCGAUGUACAAGGGAUGACAUUGGAUGCUGCUUCGAAGCUGGCCAGAAUUGAAAGGAUGCAUCGCCGUCUGGCAUCGCGCUCCGGAGCAGAAUCUGCGUUGCCCAAUUCUCAACAGCAGCAGCAGCCAGCACCCCAGCUACCUCCUUCUCCUCCUGCUCCUCCCGCUGCUAUUGUGGUAGCCCCUCCCCCUUCUAACCCCAUGGCGAUUGAAUUGCCAGCGGAUGAGAUUCCUGCAAGUCAUCGAAUGAACGUUCCCGCACAUCCUCCACCACCUCCUCCUCGUGUAUCGGACGAAAAGAUUGCUAUUAUGGGCCCUGAUGAACUGAGACACGAAGCUCACCUGGUAUCUCCAACCACAGAUCUGAAUGCGCCACGCCGGUCUGGUGAAUACCUACACAGUGCAUCUUCUGGAUCACCAAGGCGUAGCGGCGAGUUGGAGAGUAAUAUCCCUCCACCGCUACCGCCGAAAACACCUAUCCCAUAUCCCGAUGAUGAUCUCAUGGUCAGCCCUGGAAUCACAAUGCCUCUUCCUGGAGCAGCGCCUCGUCCUCUCCAGGCUCCUCUUGGGGGCUACCGGCCACCGUAUCCUGUUGACGGGCCUCCAGUGGUUGACAAACUACGGAAGCCAACAUACAAUGUGCGAUGA